GACAAGCAUCAUCCGUAUUAUGGAUGUCCGUAUUGUAUGUUAUAGGUGUUACCUCCCUUGCUCCGUUGCUCUCCGAGGUAGUCUAUAUCAAUCUGCCGCUUGCUUAACUUUCACCAUCCUGAACUCAUCGGGUAUUAUCGCUGAAAUAAUGUAGAUUCCUCGAGGAGUUCCGGAUGAGACUUUCACGUGUCAAGCGUCUUUUUGACGAAACCAGAUCACAUGUGAUGCUGGCCUCGUGGUGUGAUCGGAAGAAGAACGAAGAGGGCGCCGAACAUGGCGAAACAGUAUGGUUGGGUAAAGCUCAAAGGUGUAUCAGCAAAAAUCAGGUGGCCAGUAGAAUUGCUGGAUUAUAAAGAUAAUGAAGUACUUGUUUACUCCAAAUCUGAUGAUGCAGAAGUAUCUAGAGAGGAGAAGUAUUCUGAAGUCCCUUUUUGAAGAAGACCUGUCCUGCUUCAAAGAAGGUCGCUCUCGCCCUUCUACCACAGAGGACCAGCCUCGACCUUCCACAGAGGACCAGCCUAAACCUUCCACAGAGGACCAGCCUCCACCUUCCACAGAGGACCAGCCUCAACCUUCCAUAGAGGACCAGUCUCCACCUUCCACAGAGGACCAGUCUCAACCUUCCAUAGAGGACCAGUCUCAACCUUCCACAGAAGACCAGUCUCGACUUUCCACAGAAGACCAGCCUCAACCUUCCACAGAAGACCAGUCUCGACCUUCCACAGAAGACCAGUCUCGACCUUCCACAGAGGACCAGCCUCAACCUUCCACAGAGGACCAGUCUCGACCUUCCACAGAGGACCAGUCUCGACCUUCCACAGAGGACCAGUCUCAACCUUCCACAGAAGACCAGCCUCGACCUUCCACGGAGGACCAAUCUCGACCUUCCACAGAAGACCAGUCUCGACCUUCCACAGAGGACCAGCCUCAACCUUCCACAGAGGACCAGCCUCCACCUUCCAUAGAGGACCAGUCUCCACCUUCCACAGAGGACCAGUCUCAACCUUACACAGAGGACCAGUCUCAACCUUCCACAGAAGACCAGCCUCGACCUUCCACAGAAGACCAGUCUCGACCUUCCACAGAGGACCAAUCUCGACCUUCCAUAGAAGACCAGUCUCAACCUUACACAGAAGACCAGCCUCGACCUUCCACAGAGGACCAGUCUCGACCUUCCACAGAGGACCAAUCUCGACCUUCCACAGAGGACCAGUCUCGACCUUCCAUAGAAGACCAGUCUCGACCUUCCAUAGAGGAUCAGUCUCAACCUUCCACAGAAGACCAGUCUCGACCUUCCAUAGAGGACCAGUCUCGACCUUCCACAGAGGACCAGUCUCGACCUUCCACAGAGGACCAGUCUCAGCCUUACACAGAAGACCGGCCUCGACCUUCCACAGAGGACCGGCCUCGACCUUCCACAGAAGACCAGCCUCGACCUUCCACGGAGGACCAAUCUCGACCUUCCACAGAAGACCAGUCUCGACCUUCCACAGAGGACCAGCCUCAACCUUCCACAGAGGACCAGCCUCCACCUUCCAUAGAGGACCAGUCUCCACCUUCCACAGAGGACCAGUCUCAACCUUACACAGAGGACCAGUCUCAACCUUACACAGAAGACCAGCCUCGACCUUCCACAGAAGACCAGUCUCGACCUUCCACAGAGGACCAAUCUCGACCUUCCAUAGAAGACCAGUCUCAACCUUACACAGAAGACCAGCCUCGACCUUCCACAGAGGACCAGUCUCGACCUUCCACAGAGGACCAAUCUCGACCUUCCACAGAGGACCAGUCUCGACCUUCCAUAGAAGACCAGUCUCGACCUUCCAUAGAGGAUCAGUCUCAACCUUCCACAGAAGACCAGUCUCGACCUUCCAUAGAGGACCAGUCUCGACCUUCCACAGAGGACCAGUCUCGACCUUCCACAGAGGACCAGUCUCGACCUUCCACAGAGGACCAGUCUCAGCCUUACACAGAAGACCGGCCUCGACCUUCCACAGAGGACCAGCCUCAAUCAUCUGCCACUGUAUACCAGUAUUCUGUUUUGACCUCUGGACUUAACAAGUCACAAAAGGAUGAAGUCCAAAUUGUAUGCAGAAAGUUUGGUUGGGUAUUUUUUGAUUCCUAUCAUCCAAAAAUAACGCAUCUUAUUAUGAGAACAGAACCUGAAGAAAGCAGAAUGUGUGACAGAAGCCUGAAAUUUUUGCAGGGAAUUACACAGCAUGUGUUUAUUGUAAACCUCCAGUGGAUACGAGAUGCAGGAAAUACAGGAGCUCCUCUAUCAGAAGAAAACUAUGAGAUUAUUGGUGAUACUGCUUCCAUGGAAAUGCAUCAAGGUCCCUACUUAUCACGGACACAGCCCAGUUUACUUCUACUGAAAGGUUUCAACAUUCACCUCAUUGGACAAGCUGAAGAUCUAACAAAAGAUGAUCUUAAGAAAUUUAUCAUAGCUUGUGGAGGUACAGUCAUUGGUGCAUCAGAAGUUUGUCAGGAUUCUGUUAUUGUGACAUGCUAUAACCACGAGGGUGAAGAUAUUGAUGUGUUAUCUCCCGAUGAAAGAGACGAAGUGAAACGGAUCUACAUGGAUUAUGGUCUUCCUGCUGUUUCCAGAGACUGGAUCAUUGAUUCUCUGACAUGCUAUGUUGUUCAUCCAAUUGAUGAAUAUAUACAUAUGGACCAUAGGGAGUCUACGGAGAGAGGAUGUGGUGUCUCCAGUCCCAAUCAGAGUAAAGAUGGAAUCACCAGUGAUACAGAUGAAGAUGGCAACACAAGCGAUACAGAAUCAAAACUGGGGAGUCGUGGAGAAUCCAGCUCUAAUCAAGAUGAAGAUGGCAAGUUGAACACCAGUGAUACAGACUCUAAACUGGGGAGACAUGGAAAAUCCAGCUCUAAUCAGGAUGAAGAUGGCAAGUUAAACACCAGUGAUACAGACUCUAAAAAGAGGAGACACAGAGAAUCCAGCUAUUAUCAGGAUGAAGAUGGCAAGUUAAACACCAGUGAUACAGACUCUAAAAAGAGGAGACACAGAGAAUCCAGCUCUAAUCAAGAUGAAGAUGGCAAGUUGAACACCAGUGAUACAGACUCUAAACUGGGGAGACAUGAAAAAUCUAGCUCUAAUCAAGAUGAAGAUGGCAAAUUCAACACCAGCGAUACAGUAUCUAAAAAGAGAAGGCGCAGGCAUGAAGACUUCAGCUCCGAUUUGGAUGAAGAAGACAUCACUCGUGAUGUCAAUAUUGACACACUUUACAUAAGAAAAUACAAGGUUAAAAAGCCAAGAUUGAAUCCAGGCCAGAGUAAAGGUGUACGGAUUUAUGACAAUUACCAUGCUUGUUACUUUUGUGAGAAGGUGGUCCUUCAUAUUAAUGAACACUUGAAGACACACAGAAACCAGGAUACAGUAAAAAACAUUCUUAACAGCGACAACCCAGAUUUCACAUUGUUGAGGAAGCUGGGAGAUGACCGCCACAAUAGGAAAAAAGUCGAAAUGAAAAAGGGGGAAAUAAUCCUUGCCAGACGUCCAAAAGGAAAAUUUGAUGUCACAGAAUAUGGUCCCUGCCCUGACUGUAGGGAAUGGGUAAUGCUGGAUCAUAUAAAGCUUCAUCAUAAACAUUGCCAAAUCCACAGAAAAACCUCUGUUAAGACAAAAAGGAAAGACCUGGUAUUUCAAGCACAGGUUUUGGCUGGUCAUGUUAAGAAUGAACCAUCAUCACUCAUGAGUAAGGAAGUCCUGCCAAUUAUGACCAGGGAUGUAAUAUCCAAAACUGCUCAGAAUGAUCAGCUUAUAAUGGCACUUGGAGAAAGCUGGUUAAGGCGUAAUAGAGGAAACCCCGAAAAAAGAAAGUACUACGCGAGUACAAGAAUGAGGCUUUGUGCCAGACUCAUCCUUGCCCUUCCAGAUGUGAAGUCUGAUGAAAAGACAGACCUAAAAGAUGGUAACGAGGGAGAUGAAGAUGUUGACCUUGAAGAACAAGUCCCCAAAGCAGAUGAUCCCAAAGGGUUAUGGUGUUAUCUGAAGCCCAAACAUUUUGAUGAUCUUGUUUUGGCAGCUGUCAAAUGUGCAAUACCAAAUGCAGAUGAUGAGGAGGAUUUGCUUGCCCCUAGCAAUGCAAUUAAGUUAAAAUAUGACCUGCAUCGACUUAUCAAUAGCAAGUGGGCUAUGAUAGUAAAAAAUGGAUCGGCAGAUGAUGAGGAAGCAAGAGGUUGCAAGACAUUGAGAGCACUGAUGGACUUGGAAUGGGGGGAAAAAGUUACAAGGUUUGCUCGAUUGGUGUUGGCGCGAAGGAAAUAUGAAUAUAAGAAUGAACUUCCUUCACUGAAGGACAUAGAACAAAUUACUAAAUUCCUGAUGAAAGAGCUUAACCAACUCGAACUUGCACCUAGAAAUUUCCGGAGGUUGGUUAUCUUAUGUCAAGCACGACUAUUGCUGUACAAUAAGCGAAGGUCAGGAGAGGUAGAAACAAUCAAGCUGCAGUGUUAUGCCUCAAGAAGUAGGUCCUCUGAUGAUAUAGAUGAGUCGCUGGAGUCUGACCUUACACCUGUAGAAAGGCAUUUGCUUGAAUCACAGGAAUUCCUUCGUGUGAGGGGAAAGAGAGGAAGACCAGUACCUGUUAUAAUCCCCCCAGAUGUGGGAAGAGUCUUAACUUAUCUGGCAGACACUGAUGGCAGACACAAAUCGGGGAUAGUGCAGGGGAACCCCUAUCUCUUUCCGAAUUCCGUGAAUUACUAUGCCAGGGCGUACGAAUCGGUAAAGUCAGUUUGUGCAGAACUGGAUUUGCAUGCUCCUCACCAAAUAACUUCCGUCAACAUGAGGAAGUAUAUGGCAACGUUGACUCAGAUGAUGAACUUAGAGAAACAUCAGCUUGAAUGGGUGUACAAUCACCUAGGUCAUACCAAGAAAGUACACCGAGAGCAUUAUCGGCAGAUGAGCGGGCUGGUGGAAAGGACUCAGAUCAGCAAAUUAUUGCUUGUCCAAGACCUAAACCUGACAUCCAAAUUCCAAGGGAAAAAACUUGAUGACCUUGACAUAAGAGACAUUGUGCUGCCCGAUGAAGAAACUCAUGAAACUCAGCACAUAUCAGAUCACCUAUCCGUUCCUGUGCAAAACUUGAUGGAUCCUGAAGAGUGUCUGUAUGCAGAAGCGGCUGCCAAUGAAGAGUCUGCAGAGGAAAAAGAUGAGGAAGAUGAGGAACUGGAGGAAGUGGAAAAGAAAAAGAAAGCUCCCAGCCGUCAGCGAUGGACAGCUGCAGAGACGGAGGAGUUGAAAGAGAUUUUCGGCGAUUUCCUCAAAUCCAAAACAACUCCUAGGCAAGCUGUUGUUGAAAAAAUGAAGAAGAAAAGUAAAAAGGGCAAUGGUGUGCUUCACCUCCGAGCAAACCACUUAAUAAUCAAAAAGAUUUCAAACAUGAAUCAUGCGAAAUUAUAAAUGUCAUGACCCCCAGCUCUAAGUCACCAGGUUCCUGUAUGGUACGGGUUAUAUUGUUUGCAUUGCUGCUAUUUCUAAGGACUUGAUGUUAUGAAUAAUAUGAAGAUAUUACUUCCUCAUGUUGAAAAAUCUACUUACAAUUCAAAAUUUCUACAUGUUUUACAUGAUAUAUGUAUAGUAACAACAUUAUUUUUGAGUUUGUUAUUGAAAGGUAUCGUGUGUAUGGUAUGGGUACGGAUUAUAUUGUUUACAUUGCUGCUAUUUCAAAGGACUUGAUGUUAUGAAUAAUAUGAAGAUAUAUCUUACCUGAGUCAACGUUGCCAUAUACUUCCUCAUGUUGAAAAAUCUACUUACAAUUCAAAAUUUCUACAUGUUUUACAUGAUAUAUGUAUAGCAACAUUAUUUUUGAGUUUGUUAUUGAAAGGUAUCAUGUUAGGGAAUGUGAUAACCAUUGAGUUUGAAUUAUCCAGUUUUGAUAUUUUGUAAAGAGGUGUUUUUCCAUACAUUCAACUUCAAAAAAUUAUGAGGGAGGCAAUAUUUUUUUAGGUCCCCUGAGACGAAGUCUUAGUUGACCUAUUGCGAUCGCUUUUUGUCCGGCGUCCGUCUAAACAAUUUACAUUUUCAACUUCUUAAAAACUA